AGCGCGUCGAACAUUUAUCAAAACCUUAUACCUAAAAACAAAGCCGAUGCGUCAAAAACUACGACAAAAAGGUACAUCAACGGUAGUUGAAGGGAAAAUGGGAGUAGCUAAAAUGGGUAAAGUUAAGAACAUACAUACAUCAUCAAUGGUACCAUCAUUACCACGGAAAAGAGGACGGCCGUCCAAGAAACAGGAAAUGAAAACGGAGGAAAGAAUGAUAGAAGUGUCAAAAAAGGAAUUAAAAGAGAUUCAAACAAAUAAAAAUAAUGAAAAAGAGAAUUUAACACAAAAACAAAUAAAAACACCAAUAUCAAAUAAAGAAAGAGGAUUAAGUGUUAGUUUAGUAGUUGGAAAGAGUGGAAUUGCACGGGUUGUUCAAGGAGAAAUAGAGGUAGCAUCAGCACCACAAGAAAAUAUACGUAAUGGGACGGGGUUAAUGGAGCGUGUUCUUUCAACUCAAGCUCAUAGAAUACCAUGUCAAGUGGAAUAUAAACGACCGAAUGAUAGUUUGGCAUUUAUAACGGAUAGAGAGGGGUAUGUUCGUGUAGAACCAUUAAAUGGAAUUUUAUCACCUCAACUUCCAACGCCUAUGGAUUCGGAUUUUUAUAUGGAUAUGAAGGGAAGAGAUAUGAUGAACAUUCAGAGUUUAUUAAGCCCAGAAAGUCAAUGGGAAAGCUCAGGAGAUGAUAUAACGGAUGAAGAAGAUAUUAUGGAUGCACGUGUGGCAAUGAAGAAAUUAAUUGAUAAAAGACGUACAGUAGGCUUAGGCUUAGACGAAUUUCUGGGAAGUGAUGUAUUGAAUACACCAUCAUUUCGGGUGGGAAAACGGCAGCGGAAACUUUCUUGUAAAGCAUGUCAUAUGACAUUUCGGCAACUUUGGGUUUUACAUGCCCACGAGAAAAAAUGCAAUAUUAAGCAAACUCCAUUUCUUUCUUCUGACUAUUUCGAUGAUACUAUCGAAGACACAAUUUCUUAUUUUCAUGAAGAUGCACGCUCAGAACAAAGUAUUUCAUCACCAAUUCUUCCAGAGUCUAUACCCUUAUCUAAAUUCAUUGAACAUCCUACGCAGCGCAAAAACAUUCUCUCAUCUUAAACAUUAAAUAGAAGAAAUUAUGUUUUUCUAUUCAACAAAAAAAGUG